AUGGAUGAGGAUCAAAAUGUAACAUAUAUAACUCUUGGUGGUCAUGUUGAAUUACACAAAUACAGAUAUCUUUAUUUUAUAAUCAUGUUUACAGUUUAUAUUCUAAUAAUCUGCUUUAAUUCUACUAUUGUUUGUCUGAUCUGGAUUCAAAAAAACCUCCAUGAACCAAUGUACAUUUUUAUUGCUGCUCUGUUAAUGAACUCAGUUCUUUUUAGUUCUGCUCUCUACCCAAAGCUUUUAAUAGAUUUUUUAUCUGAAGAACAGAUCAUAUCAUAUCCAGGCUGUUUGUCUCAGUAUGUUCUGUUUUACUCUUUAUGUGGUUCUGAGUUUCUCCUCUUAGCAGCCAUGGCUUAUGACAGGUAUGUGUCUAUAUGUAAACCUCUGCAAUAUCACACCAUCAUGACAAAAACAAACAUCAUUAUCACGCUGGUUUCAGCUUGGCUUCUGCCACCUUCUAAUAUGAUCCUGACACCUGCACUGGUUGCUAAAAGAAAACUUUGUGAUUUCACUUUGAAAGGAAUCUUUUGCAAUAAUUCAGUUCUAAAACUUCAGUGUGUGAAAUCAACAGUAAUAACUGUAUAUGGUGUGGUUAUUUUGUUCACCUUUUCAAUUUUUCCUGUGUUUUUUAUAUUUUUUACAUACACAAACAUUCUUAGAAUAUGUUACAAAAGUAGUUCAGGUGUCAGGAAAAGAGCUGCAGAGACCUGUUUACCCCACCUGCUGGUUUUAAUCAGUUUAGUCUGUAUAAUUUCAUAUGAUGUCAUUGUGGUUCGACUGGAAACAAAUUUUCCAAAAACUAUUCAUUUAGUUAUGUCUUUACAAGUUAUUGUGUAUCAUCCUCUCUUCAAUCCACUGAUAUAUGGACUAAAUAUGAGAGAAAUUUCAAAACACCUCAACAGGUUGUUCUGUCAAGCAGUUAUAUCUGUUUUAUGUUCUCUCCAAUGA